AUGGCUGAGGAGUCUGAGACGGGACAGGUCGCCGCACCUGCGCCUGCGCCGGCGCCUGCACCCGCCGCAGCCCCGCCAGCCCCGCGACCUGAGCCGGCGGAGGCGGUUGAGAUCGCCGACGAGGCAUAUUUCGAGAUGGACAGACUCGACCUCGCGCACGCAAUGAUGGUCAAGGCGAUGGGCAGCGUCCUCUUCCGCGCCCCGCUCAAGAAGGAAAAGGUUCAUCGUAUCCUCGACAUCGGAACGGGCACUGGAAUCUGGGCUGUCGAGAUGGGAGACAUUUUCGAGAAUGCCGAGGUUCUUGGCAUUGAUUUGAGCGCCAUCACGCCCGAAUGGCAUCCCCCAAACGUCAAGUUCGAGAUCGACGACAUUGAGGAGUCCUGGGUCGGCCACAAGAAGUACGAUUUCAUCUUCUGCCGCUACAUGGGCGCCUCGAUCAAAGACUGGCCCAAUUUGAUGAAGAACAUUUAUGACAACCUCGCCCCAGGCGGAUGGGCCGAGUUCCAAGACGUCAACACCACCUUCUACUCCCAGGACGACACCUACUCCUCGGAAACCGCGACGGCCAAGUGGAUGAACGGCUUCAUGGAGGCCUGCUCCGCGACGGGCCGCGACCCCAGCGUCGGGCCGAAGCUCGAGGGCUGGGUGCGCGACGCGCAGUUCGCCAACGUCGUCGCGGACCGCAUCCGCGCGCCGCUCGGGCCCUGGCCCAAGGACAAGUGGUACAGCGAGCUCGGCAUGAUGAACCUGAUCCUGACACUCAACGGGCUCGAGGCGCUGUCGGUGAAGCUGUUCUCAGAGAUGCUGGGCAAGACGCAGACGGAGAUUGCGGUGCAGCUGGCGCUUGUGCGCAAGGAGCUGAAGAGCAACUCCUUCCAUGCAAUGUUUGAUAUGUAA